AUGGGGUCUGAUGCCAUAGAAGUUGAGGUCAAGGGAGAGGCACCACAGGGGUGUGAUUUGCUCAUUGAUUUUGAAUAUCCCAAUGACCCUCGAAUCCCCCAAAACUGGCCGUUGGCCAAGAAAAUCCUUGUAGUUGUCAUUUUAUCCGUGUUCAAUCUCAUCGGAACAAUCAGCAGCAGCAUCAUGGGCCCUGCGCACAAAAAGAUCGCCGAGCAGUUUGGGGUUAGCAACGAGGUGGCGAUUCUUUGCACUACCAUGUUUAUGGCGGGAUAUAUCUUCGGGUUUCUUACAUUCGGCCCUCUUUCGGAAAAGUUCGGCCGCAAAUGGCCUAUGAUCUGUGGCAUCGCAAUCUCCUCCAUCCUGGAACUUAUGCCUGCGCUUGGUACAAACAUACAAACUGUUCUCGUUGGUCGGUUGUUUGCUGGGUUCUUUGGAAUCUCUCCAGUGGCUGUUAUGGGAGGCAUCACAAGCGAUUGUUUUACGCUGGCCCACCGCAGUAUCGCCAUGCCUAUCGUGAUCUGCUUGUUCUUCUCUGGCCCGACACUUGGACCGAUAGUUGGGAGUGCUAUUGUCGGAUCGUCCUUGAGUUGGCGCUGGACUGUCUGGGUAAUGUUAAUAUCCGGGCUGGGAGUUUGCGCUAUAGCAGUCUUUGUCUUUCCAGAGACCUAUCCCCCGGCUAUUCUUCGAAAGGAAGCCCGAUCACUGCGCAAAAAAUACAAACAUCUUGCCAUCCACUCUACACUGGAAAAAGAAAACCCCGGUCUGUAUGAGAUUGCUCGGGUAUAUCUCAUGCGGCCUUUCUGUGCGUCUUGA